AUGUGUGAGCGGGCUACAGGUAGAGCGGUUUAUGCUCGUAUUCUCAUUGAGAUGUCGGCUAAAGAUCCUUGGGCUAAAGAAAUUAAAAUCAAAGCAUUCACGGCUAAAGGAGCAACCUCUACCUCCCUUCGAGUGGAGUAUUCUUGGAAUCCUAUGAGAUGUGACAAUUGCAAAUUUUUUGGUCAUGAUCAUGCGACUUGCCCCACUCAACCGAAUAGCGCUCUGGUCCGAACCACACUUCCUAAAGAAGUUGACAAUGAAGGUUUUCAAACGGUCAAAAAAAGAACUAGAGCCAUCCCUAUCCCUAAAAAGAUGGUUCAAGUUAACAAUCGUAAAGAUAAAGGGCCCGCUCUAAAAAUCGUUCAAGUCUACAAGCCAAUAACGCAUGACUCGAAGAAAAAGAAUGUGUCGUCUAACAUGUUUGAUGCUCUCUCGCAUCAAAAAAUCGAUGACUCUGAAGACGACACUAGCAUCCCUCCUGUCUCCCAUCUAAGAGAUAACCUCCAAUCUUCCGAUAUACAUCCGAGUUCUUCUCACGGCGGCCAUAUCUCUCCUCCAGUUGACCAGGGUUGA